AGGAAAGUGCAACAGUCCCAGAAAGGACUUGGCUGUGCUGACACCCAGAGAAAAAUAAGAGCAUAUACAAUGACAGAAAAGUAUGCCUUGCUUAACCAAGGGGAGGAUAAUGAAAUGGAGGUGUUUGGAUACAGAACGGUCAGGUGGCGACGCGCUCUCUGUAUUAUUGGCUAUAUCUUUUCCCUUGGGUUUCUGCGAGCUCUCUUCUACUGGAAGCCAGAGGUGGAUAUCUGGUGUCAGUGUAUUCCAUGCAGUUUGUCAGAGGCUGAUGUCAUAUUACUUAGAACCACUGAUGAUCACAGGGAAUUUUUGAAAAAGAAGGUGAUGGAGAUCAGUGAUUAUACACAAGGAUCAAAAUCUGGCCAUCAGGUUACUAAGAAAAAUUCCAUCAUAGAGAAAUCAUUAAUGAAGAAAACGGGCAAGAUCCGCUAUGUGGAAGCCAAGAAAAUUCGUUAUGUCUGGAAUACAAUUGAGGGAAAGUUUAAAAAAAUUGGCAAUCUGGAGGAGGAGCUGUCAUGCUCAGACAUUCACUCCAAAUUUGGUUCUGGUCUCACUGCUGAAGAGCAAGCAAUCAGGCAACAGAUUUGUGGUCCUAAUUCAAUAGAAGUGGAAGUUACACCUAUCUGGAUUCUACUCAUCAAAGAGAUCUUCAACCCAUUUUAUAUUUUUCAAGCCUACUCUCUAUGUAUAUGGAUGUCAUGUGGCUAUUUGGAAUUCAGCUCUGUCAUAUUAGCCAUGACUAUUUUAUCUGUAAUUGCAACUGUAUAUAAUCUGAGAGUGCAAUCUGUGAAACUACACAAAAUGUCUAUUUCAUAUAACAGCAUCAUGGUUACCGUACUUCACAAAAAUGGAGAGGUUAAAGAAGUAGAAUCUCAGUCUCUGGUCCCAGGGGACGUGAUCAUAUUGUCAGAAAACAAACGCUUCUUACCCUGUGACGCCAUAUUAAUAAGUGGAGGAUGCACAGUUAAUGAAGGAAUGCUAACAGGUGAAAGUACUCCAGUCUCUAAGGUCUCUCUGCCUUGGGUAGAAAGCUCCAUGCCAUGGAAACUCCAGUGUGGAGAAGACUACAAGAGACACGUUCUGUUUUGUGGAACAGAGGUCAUUCAGACAAAGGCACAUGGUCUGGAUCUGGUAAAGGCUGUUGUACUACAAACAGGAUUUAACACCGCAAAAGGAGAUCUUGUGAGAGCCAUUCUGUAUAACAAGCCCAUGAAUAUAAAGCUGCACAGAGAGGCCAUGCGGUUCCUUCUUGUGCUUGUGUUCAUUGCUUUAUUGGGAGUUGCUUACACUGCCGCUGCCUUCAAAAAGAAUGGGGCCAGCGUUCAUGAGAUAGUGCUGAUGUCCUUUCUAAUGCUAACAAUAGCUGUAAAUGCCACUCUUCCUGCUUCUCUGACGCUGGGUCUUCUCUACGGUCAGACAAGGCUGAAGAAACUGGGAAUAUUCUGCAUUAGUCCCCAGAGAAUCAUUUUAGCUGGCCAACUGAACCUCGUCUGCUUUGAUAAAACAGGUACAUUGACAGAAGAUUCUUUAGAUUUACUUGGCGUUCUUCCUUCUAAUGACAAAAGCUUUCAGGAUAUACAUCUAUUUUCCUCUGGAAAAGCAAUACCUUGGAGCCCUCUGCUAGGAGCUAUUGCAAGCUGCCACUCUCUUAUUAUGGUGGAUGGUAAAAUGCAAGGAGACCCAUUGGACUUGAAAAUGUUUGAAGGAACAGGCUGGGAGUUUGAAAGUCAUGCAUCCCAUGGAACAAAGGAUGGAGAAUCUAUUUCAUGUACAAUGGUUAAACCUGGACCCAGUGCUGAGGAGGUUCCAGUGGAAGGCAUUGCCAUUUUGCAUCAGUUGCCUUUUUCCUCUUCCCUUCAGCGCAUGUCAGUUAUUGCACAGAUUACUGGAGAGACUGACCUCACAGUGUUUAUGAAAGGUGCUCCUGAGAUGGUUGUUAAGUUCUGCAAACCAGAAACAGUGCCACACAAUAUCUCCACUAAACUUGACUACUAUACAACACAGGGUUUUCGAGUCAUUGGACUAGCAUAUCGAUUAUUAGAGAAGGAAGGCCUACCAGCCAUAGAGCACUUGGAAAGGGAUAUGAUAGAGGCAGACCUCAUAUUCCUUGGAUUACUGAUACUGGAAAAUCGUCUUAAGCCCGAAACCAACCCAGUUCUUCAGGAGCUUAGCACAGCCAAGAUAAGGAAUGUGAUGGUCACAGGGGAUAAUCUGCAAACAGCUCUUAAUAUUGGGAAACAUUGUGGCAUGGUUCCCAAAUCAAGCAAAAUGAUCAUAAUCGAAGCCAGCGAACCCCAAAAAGAUGUCCCUGCAUCACUUACGUGGAAAAUCAUCACUGAAAACCAAGAAAAUGGAUACAAAGAGAGUUUUCAGGGUUUUCACACUGUUAUGAAUGACAAAUGGAAUCCUAACACAUCUCAGCCGGAAGAAUUUCACUUUGCAAUUGAUGGGAAAUCUUUCCAGAUUAUGUUGCAGCAUUUCUACAAUGUAGUCCCAAAGGUUCUUCUAAAUGGGACAAUAUUUGCAAGAAUGACUCCAAAGCAAAAAUCAAGUCUUGUUGAGGAAUUUAGAAAGCUAGAGUACAACGUUGGAAUGUGCGGGGAUGGAGCAAAUGAUUGUGGGGCUCUUAAAAUGGCCAAUGUUGGAGUCUCUUUAUCUGAGUUAGAGGCAUCUGUUGCUUCCCCUUUUACUUCAAAAAUCCCAAAUAUUGAAUGCGUGCCUAUGCUAAUCAAAGAAGGACGGAAUACUCUUGUGGCAUCUUUCUCCAUGUUUAAGUUUUUAUCGGUGCUCACCAUGAUUGCACUGACUGCAUUGGUAUUUUUGUUUUGGAAAUACACAUUUCUCAGCAAUUUUCAGUAUCUUAUGCAAGAUGUUGCUAUCGUCAUUCCUGUUUGUUUAACAGGAAGCUUAAAUGGCCCUGCCCCAAAGUUAGCCCCAUUUAGGCCGCCUGGACAACUUCUGUCACCUUCUUUGUUGCUUUCUGUUUUUUUGCAUGUCUUGCUUACCGUUGGCUUGCAGGUUACUGCGUAUGUCCUACUUCAGCAACAGCCAUGGUACAAUGAAAGUGAUGUUUUCAGCGCAUGUCUUCCAUUUAAUCACAGUGCAGAAAAUAUCAUCGCAAAAGUUCCUACUAUCACUGAGACCUAUUUAGCCACUACAAUUUGGAUUGUAACUGGAAUGAACUAUAUUGUCAUAGAAAUUGUGUUUUCUAAAGGAAGACCGUUCAGACAGCCCCUGUAUACUAACUACUUGCUCAUCAUUUCAAUUAUCCUGCAGUUUGCAGCCUUUUUAUUUUUUCUGUUUGGAGACCUUGAAGUGAUUUACACUACUUUUGAGGCGGUUUGCACUCCGUUUUAUUGGCGAGUCUACAUUCUUGUUAUGGUUCUGGUACAUUUUGUUUUGUCUUAUGCUAUAGAGGAAGGAAUCCUUGAAAACAGAAACCUCUGGCUACUGAUAAAGAGACUAUGUAACUACCAAUCAAAAAGUCAGUACAGGAAACUGCAGAGAAGAUUAAUGAUGGACACAGAGUGGCCUCCACAGAAUAGAACUGAUUAUGCAAUUAAGUCUGUUUCUGUCAUGGACAGCAAAAUCCUUGUUAUUAAAAAUGCCUCAUACCAACCACCUACUCAGAGUAGCAGCGAAUCUCUUGGACAGCAGAAAAUAAUAUGAUUUUAGGAAAAACCAGACUAGAGUCAUUUUUCAUUUCAUUUUCAUUUCACAACUUGACAAAUGUUCACUUUCUGACAAGAUAUUUGUUGCUGCAAGGGUUUAAAAAUAUUUUUUAAAAUAGUAAUAAAGGAACAGUUCAGUGUAAAAAUGAAACUGGGUAAUAUACAUAAGA